AUGGAUUUGACAGCACUGUUGACUGAUGAAGUUGAUAUCUACAGUCUACUAGGCCUAUCUGCCACGAAAGCAGAUGAUAUGUCUAGAGUGUCCGUCUCCCAAGUCAGGACAGCAUAUCGGAAACAGGCUCUGCGAUACCAUCCAGACAAGAAUCAAGGGGAUCCUGAAGCAAUUCACAAAUUCCAUUUGCUCAGCGUGGCCACAAAAGUGUUAAGUGAUGCAAAGCUUCGAAAAACCUACGAUUCCUGGUUCAUAGAUCGAUUUUUAUCAAAAAAGGAGAAAGAUGAGCAAAGACAACAUUUGAUAAAUAAGCUUCAUACUGAUGAAAGGAAGGCAGCAACUAAAAAGGUGUAUAAAUCCAAAGAGAUCUACUCCAUUGAAAAAUACGGCGAGCUUUUGCGUAAGCUGAAGCAUUUCAACAAAUCCUAUGGGGAUUGGAAAGACCUUAAGAUAGAGGAGAAAAUGCCAAAGCAUAGACUGUACGAGUCAUCUGCAGUGCGCAUAGUAGUCGAGAAUCACAAGAUCUUACAAGAAAAAAGCGCAUCAAUGGAUCUUCUUGGUGUGGCAUUGGGUUACAAGGUCUACGACUUGUUCUAUUCGUCUAGAAAUGACAAUUACAAUGAUUUAGAUAUUGUAAUAUAUGUUGUAUUCGAAAAUCCCUCCUAUGCACUCGAUGUCCUUGAGCGUUGGGCAAAUAAAUCCUACCAAAGUAGUGACGAUGUCAUAUUGUCGUAUAUCAAGGAUAUCUCGCCAAGAGCCCCACCGGAUAUUUUCAAGUUUCCUAAACGCGUUGAAUUGGAUGCGCACAUAAAAGAAGCAUUACUAAACGAGGUAGAGGUAUCUGACUAG